AUGGAUUCAGAAACAUAUGGGGAUAGCGAUGGCAACAUCGGGAAUGGCGAGAAACAUAACCGGUUUGACAGGUCUAUGGCCGAUCUCAAAAAAUUCCUGACCAAGUCGAUGAUGGAGGCAUGCAAGCUCGAUGCAUGUAUGGACUUGUUUCUAAUUGAGCUUAAUGUCAUUCGCGGGAGUGCCAAUGGCUAUCCUGAUCCUGAGGGUUGGUACACCGGUCCUGAGCUUCCGGAAUCAACCCAGUUCGAAAACAUCCACGAAGAAAGAUUGAACCGCGCAGCGGUAAAGCUGGAAAAAGACAUUAAUUGCCUCCUUCCAGGGUUUUUGGAUAGCAAGACCGCGAUCGGUAUCCUACAUCAGAAGAAGGUGAGGGGAAAGCUUCAGGAACGGUGGAAGCAGCUACGUGGAGAUCUCACCCUGUAUAGCCCUGACUUCGGCAAGCAAUGGCUCCACGACUCUCACAAAAGUCUCCUUAAUGCUGCGGUCUCCAAAUAUCAGCGACAGGCUGAGGAUACAGGACAGCAUUCAGAGCCUCCUAAACUGAGCCAACUCGCGUUUGAAAAGGCUUGUCGCCAAUUAGAAGAGUCUAUCUCUGGUGAAAAGGCAUCGGCAACUUUUGCCUGUGGAGGGUUAUUGCUUCAGCCAGUCACUUCCUACGCCAGUACUCUAUUGCACGGAUGUCACAAUAAAGAAAAACUGAGAGCUACUAUUUACUAUUUAAUCCCCCCCCCAACAACUUUAUCGCAAUGGGAUUUCUAA